AUGGCGGAAAACAUGGCAUCCCCGACUGCUGAAAACGGACUCGCCGAUGCCGACGAGAAUAUCAUGAGCGCCUCAACCGCUAGCGAAUUAUCCCGAAUCCUGAACAGCGCCGGCAUCAUUCCCGGACCAGUAGGUGGUUAUAUGUCAUUCAACCCGCACGGAGACGACGACGAUGAAGAGGACGAAGACGAAGGAGCGGAAGAUUAUGUCGCGGUCGAUCAUGACGAUGCUCCCGAUUAUUCAUAUCUAUUCCGCCGACCGUCGCAAGGAAGGUCGCGCACGGCGUUAGAUGAGCUUUAUCCUUUCACGAGCGUUUUGACGGUGGAUAAUGUGGAGGAUUGCGUGACGGUAGAAGAAGUGUUUCCAGAACAUGAGCGGGCUUCAAGGGAUAAGUUCAUGUAUCGUCUCACAAAAUGUCCUGAGUUAAGUUUGGGAAUAUUCUCGUUACCGAUCCUCGAUCAAGGCGAAGCCAAACCUCGACCGGAAUUGAUCGCACACGUCAUUGCAACUCGCACAUCAUCGUCACGAGUCACGGAGGAAUCGAUGGGGGUUCCCGAAGAUUGGCAAACCAGAAAGCGCAGUCUUCCAGACGCCGAAGAGAAGAACUAUGUCGGGCAUGAAGAUCAAGGCACCACGGUAGCAUUGCAUUCGCUUGCCGUCAAGGCAGAACACCAGAGGAAGCGGGUUGGCUCGACGUUGAUGAAGUCGUAUAUUCAGCGCAUCAAGGAAGCACAGAUUGCGGACCGUGUUGCACUUCUUGCGCAUGACCAUAUGGUACCGUUUUAUGAGGCACUUGGGUUCGAGAAUUGUGGACCGAGUGCUUGCACGUUUGGUGGCGGUGGCUGGUUCGAUAUGGUCCUUGAAUUCCCCAAAGACCAGGUCGACGAAUAA